AUGCAAUCAAAUUAUGUGCCAAUAUCGCAAGACGUCGCAAACGAUGAAGCCAGGUUGAUAGCGGAAGCUGUGAAAAAUUUCGGAGGUGAUUUCGAGUCGAAGGUGGAUAUUGAAGAAAGCUGGACUACCUACACGGUCAAACUUUUCGAGAGUUCAUCCAUACAGCGGUUGAUCGUAUUUCGGCCUCCUUCGUCGUCCAGGUUCUUCAACUGUAUAAGGGUUAGGAACCCACAAGGCGCUGUUGAAUGGGAGGUACUUCGGAAAAGCGACACAUACAUGGGACUAGUACCUACCGACUGUCAGUUUGAAGCGAUGCUGGUCGAACUGAAGUUGUUUACGAGGAAAAAGGAUUUGAGUUAA